AAAAAAAAAACAUAUUGUAGGUGAGAAGACUUACCUUAUAGACCUAGCUUUGGUUAAUUCGACGGGUUAGUAAGAUUGGCCCUUUGGGUGGAUGGGUCAUGGGUGGGUGGGUGGGGUAUAUAUAGGAUUCGGGUUCCCCCACCCCCACACCCGGCCCCAAGUUCCUAAUAGUUGUAAUCUUUAACCUUAAUAACGGCCAUCAAGGAGAUAGACAAGCUUUUCCCUUGAAUAAUAUUUUUACAAACAUAACUCGGUAACUUUACUUAUUUACAAUAUUGAUAGUUAAAUGGAAAAGACAAGAGAGAUUUACAAAUAAUAGGAUUUUACAUUUUGAAAGCAAGGAUGUUACCCUUCUAUAAGUAGACAGCACAAUUAGCAUAUACUCGUACUAAAAAGCAACAUAUCAGGUUCCUCAGAGAUUCUUCAUAAAACCAAGGGCAUAAAAAGAACAACAAUGUUGGUGAAUACAAUGGCAAAUAUUUAUGAAAUGGGAACGUCUUCAAAUAAUAUUCAUGAGGAAAACGGUUCAAUAAUAGCAAAUGCCGCAACCAAAUAUGUGGUUUGUUCAUCAAAGGUAGGGAUAUCACCUGAGGCUAAAGCUCUAGCAGCUUGCAAGAGCCACAAAGAGGCCGAGAGGCGGCGUCGCAAGCGUAUCAACGGUCACUUUGCCACCUUACGCUCCGUUCUCCCUAACCUCGUCAAAACAGACAAGGCCACGGUGUUAGCAGAGGUGGUCCGGCGAGUGAAGGAGCUGAAAAAGGCCACAUCGGAAUUGACAGAGGCUGAUUACGAUGCCUGUUUGCUACCAGGGGACAUAGACAAGGUUAGCCUUCGACGUAAUGAAAAUGACAAUACUACCCUCAUUGCUACCUUGUGUAGUGAGGACAGGCCAGACCUCAUUGUGGACAUGACAAGGGCAUUAAGGUCAGUUAAAGGCAAAGUUGUAAAGGCUGAGAUGGCUACGGUGGGGGGCCGGACUAAGAAUGUUUUGUGGGUCCGAGGAGUUGGUGGUGGUGUGCCUGAGGGGUUGUUGAAGCGGGCCUUGGAAGUGGUGGUGGACAAGCCUGUUUCUUCUUCUUCUUCUUUUUCUGGGUUGGGCCAUGGGCUGAGGAUACACCGACCAUAUUAAUGGGUUGGGUCUGUCAAUUGAAGGUUAACUUUAUGGCACCUGUGGUAUUGGUAGUUAGUAACUUAGUAUACAGUUGGAAAAUCCUAACUAACAAAUUGGUAUAUUUUUCUAACUGCUUAUUAUGGGAAAAAGAUGGGGAGGUAAUGAUAAAUUGGUAAUUGACUAAUAGGCAGAGAAAUUGUACUUUGUAUUAUGUAUGAAUAUGAUUAUAUGAUAAUGAUAUUGUUAGUUUGUUAAUCCGAUCA